CCGCGGUUCGGCCCUCGGCGUCGGGGGCGGCGGGAGAGCGGCGGCCGCGCUCCAGGGUGCUCUGCAAACCGAGCUGUGGGCUCUCCCCGUCGGCCGCUGGCACCGCUGCCCUCCUGCCCGGCUCCCGCUGGGGAGGAGCAGCAACAGGCGCCCUGAGCAUUCCGCUCGCAGACAGCGCCCUGGGGGCCGGGAGGGCAGGGGGUGACUCCGCUCCGCUGAUACCAACAACAUGCCUGUUAUAAAGUACCCAAGGGUUAGAGACCCUCUCUUUUAUGAAUGGGACAGGAAAGCCCAGAAGUGUGGAUUAAGACACACAGUUUAUGCUGUAAAUGGGGAUCAGUAUACUGGAGAAUGGCUGGACAACUUGAAACAUGGUAAAGGCACACAGAUUUGGAAAAGCACAGGAGCUAUUUACAGCGGUGACUGGAAGUUUGGGAAGCGGGAUGGUUAUGGCUCAUACAGCAUUCUUGACCCAGUGACCAAGGAAUACAAGAGGGUGUACACAGGCUGGUGGGAAAAUGACCGAAGAGGUGGCCGGGGGAUGUUCUUUUACCCCAACGGGGAGCUCUACGAGGGCGAGUGGAGCAAUGGUUUGCGGAGCGGCUGGGGAAAGAUGCACUACAAGGACGGCUCCACCUACGAGGGACAGUGGCUGACGGAUCAGCCCAACGGGCAGGGCCUGCUGCGGCUCCCAAAUGGAAAUCGGUACGAAGGAGGUUGGAAAGAUGGCAAGAAGCAUGGCCCGGGGAAAUACUUCUACCCAGAUAAGGGACAGCUGUUAGAAGGCAUCUGGGUAGCAGAUAUACCAAAGUGUGGAGUUCUGGUUGACUUUGGCAGAGACAACGCUCCAGCCCCUACUCAGUUUCCACUCCCAGAGAUUGAACUACAUGAUCCAGCUGGUGUUUUAGCACAGGCCCGGGCAAUGUUUGAUGACAGCCAUAAUUAAUAACCAGAUAUCGAAGAAAGAAAUAAUUUAAGAACACAAUCCUGGGUUACUUAUUCCUUCAAGUGUCAAACCCACACCGUGGUUUUCAUGUUGUGGUCUGCCUCACCAUUCCCUCAAGGCUUUUCAGGUAUACUUCCCUCUGCAGGUGGCUUUGCUCAGGAGCCUCCUCCCACCCCCAUUAUUUUGGAAAAGAAAGGAAAAUAAAAAAUGAAUGGGAAAAAACCCAAAAGACAA